CACAACACAACCGGAUCAACCAGGCUCAAGAAGGAGCGGCGAGAGGCUGGACUGUAUUGAUACCUUUAGAUAGCCAGAAGAAGAUGGCGGACUCUGCCGAAAUCCAACCUGCAUCCGCUUUGGGCAACAACAAUGACAGAACAAAUGAUUUGCUCCUGGCGCCCCAGCAACCCAUGGGAAACCGUGAGGAGGUGCCGAUGGCGGGGGCUGUAAUGGGGUUCCCCGUAGGAGUACCGGUAGUAGAAGACUUUGCCAGGAGGAACAACAAUAAGCCAUAUCGCUUCGACAUUACGGUGGAUAGAAGCGCUGAUACCUGCGUUUCUUCGGUAACAGAAGAUAUUGUUCUGCACGCUCGCCACAGUGGAAACGGACUCUACCCGUCAAUGUCAACCUGCCACGAAGCAGAGGAACCAGAUCCUCCAGGUGCUACAGCGGAUGAAACGGAUACCAAGCCAGCUGCGAUCCCAACUACUCAAUCCGAUACAAUGGACAUGACACCAGCGACACUGCAACAGGAGCAACUUUCGACCGGUACAUCUUUGGUAGACAUGGAGAACCGAAUUUUGGGGAAGAACAAGACUGGUACAUCACAGCAGCAGCAACUUUCUACACUGGAGGGAGAGACACCGCAUCCAACAAAAGAUAGAACCGUCCCCUUGCGUUCUGUGGCCAUUGGUGUAGACGUAAACUCCACUACUUUACCGCCACUCGCGGAGGCAUUGGACACUGUGGAGAGUGCUGAAAAGACGAUUGAGAGUACUGAAAAGUUGACCAAGAAGCAAAACCUCGUCGUCGAGUCAGGCGAGGAAAGCAACGACGAAACAUCCAACGUGGAGCCUUCGUUGUGGAAUCCAGGACCAGUCACGGAACCUGGAGCUUUUCCUGUCAGCACCCCAGGCUUCUCAUCGUCGGUCCAGUUAGCCAUGGAAGCAAUGGCCAGGUCCAGUACAGACACUGCUCCCACUGUUAGCCUAGACACUGCCCCCACUGUUGGCCCAGUCACCCUUGAUGCAACUCUGGCGCCGACAGCAGGACAUUCUGGUACUGUCCGUACGGCACGACGCAACCGUGCGACUGCUUCAAGGAGAGACGAGGAACACGGUUAUGUGGUGGAAGCAAAAGUGGAACCAGAUUCUACCAGGGACUACAGGACAUAUUUCUGGCUGGGUGCUAUUCUUGUUUUGGUGGUAGUUGUCGUCCUGUUGUCAUUGGGCCUUGCGGGCGUUUUUGCUGAUUCGGAGCAAGAGCCAGACAGCAAUAACAGCAUGAAUCAGAGCUCCAACGAACCAAUCAUCGUCGCAGGGACCCUGUCAAAUGGUACAGUCAGUCAGAAAGUAGUACUGCAAUCUCGGUUGGAGCAAGUGCGAAUCCGUGGAUACCUAAAGUGUUCCAGAAUACCAAACCCCGACUCCAUGCAAGCAGAUCCUGACAUUGAAAAGGUGGGCGAGUGGACACCAUCAUUCUGCUAUGCCAUUGCCGCUGCCAUAUGGGGUAGUACAAACAAAACAGACCUGGAACAACGAGUACAGUUCCUGGAAGUUGGCUUGCUGGUUGGAAGCGAUGAACCGGCUGACGUUGUCCCAGUUGGAAUCAGCAGAACCAUGACAGGCAAUGUAUACAAUGCCGCCGAGCAGAGUGGACAAGCCAUGAGUACUCCGUUCAUUUUCGAUGGGUACAGGGUGUCUGGAGAUCCAUUUUAUGUCGACUGUUUUGAUAACAAGUCUUUCAAACAUGUGGGCGAAUGCUCUGACCUUCUAUUCUGCGUUUCCACGGGUAGUACCUGGGCUCGAUUUGUGCAUGAGGUGUUACCAGAGCGCAAAAUCAAAGACAUCGACAGCUUCGAUGGUGUUAUGCAAUCGUUCGCUGAAGGGGGCUGCAAUAUCUUUAUGACGUUUGGUUUGGGCCAGUCAGAAGUCGUCAUACGCGAUGUGUUUGGAUACUAUGGCAACUACACAUUGGGGUCGAAGUUGUACACAAGAGAGACCAGAGUUUUGGUUACUCAAGCUGAUGAUCCGCAGUGGAGCAGCUUUGUGGAUGUAGUGCUGCAGUCCCUGUUGGAAGCAGAGAUGCACAACAUCACACAAGCUACUGCCCAUUUAAUGCCACGGACAACUGUCUUUGGUGAGGACUACAGCGACAUGUUUAAGCACGUGAUUCGUGCAAUGGGAAACUACGGGGAGAUACACCAGCGUUACUUGUAUCCAAUUCUGCCAAGGGAGACGAUAAACAUGAUCAAUGAUGGUACAACUGGUAUGCUUUAUGCCCCUGAGCUAGGUGUGUAUGACCCAGUUGGGGACUACAAUCGACAAUUGGGGCCAAGGCUGCAGAGAGUGUUGGAUCGGGGGCGAGUCCUGUGCGGUGUGAGAUUUGGCCGUGAUGGAUUUGCUGCCAAAACGAACAGUUCACAGAGUUCGGGCAUCGACGUGGAUUUCUGUCGAGCGGUUGGGGCUGCUUUGUUCGGAGGCGACACGCGCUCUGUGGAACUUGUGCAAGUGGAGGGUCAAAAGGAUGGGUUCAUGAAACUUGCUAGUGGUGCAAUUGAUGUUCUUGCUGGGGCCACUUGGAAUCUGGCCAACAGUGUGAACGAACCAGGAACUGGGUUGGGCUUUGCGUUUUCCCUACCCUACUACUAUGCCCAAGGCCUAGCUGACAGCAUGGUAGAUCCUAAUCUUUGCCUCGCUACAAUGCAGGAUGAUCAUGAUUGGAAAACAUUCGUAUAUUGGACCAUGGUGGCCACUAUCUAUGCGGAAGAGCAUGACAUUCAUCGAUUGAACCACAACGAGAUGCCGAUGGUUCAUGUCUAUGGGGACGGGCUGCGGAGAAUGCUGCGAGAUGCUAUUCUUGGUGUUGGAAACUAUGCAGACAUAUUCAGUCGCAACCUCGAGAACCGGUCAGGGCGAAAUCUGCUGAACCAGGGGGCCGACCCAGGUCCAGGACUCUACCCAAUGCUUGAUAUCUUUGUUUAGUGGGGAAAGUAACUAUCUGGGAUAGUCAAACGGUAACGGUGGCUUUGCUGUGGAUGGAAUAGAAGUCAGGAUGAUUCGCAGAAACCAGGCGAUCUCAUCCGCCCAUGUCAC